CCUUGUGACAGAUAAGAAAAGUCCACAGUGAGAGAAUUUAACCCCCCGAUUGAGAGGACUGUACAUAGACGGCAGAGAGGGUCGAGACUCGAGAUUGGAUAAUAAUCUUCAAACCAGAUACUCCGUAAGAUUCAUUUAUUGAUUGAAAUCUUUCUCGGGAGUUUCUUCGACCUACUCAACUAGAAUUCAGGGAGGGAUUCGUUUGGUGGCCGAUUCAAACACGGAGACCAGGAAUCGAGGACUUGGAUUCUGGCAAUUUUGAGGGGAUGGUAGAGUAGAGUGGAGGAGAUUUUUCAGGUGAUGAGAGAUGGUGGAGAUGGUGAAUGCAGCGGCCAUGCACACUGUCGUUAACUCUGUUCAGGCGUUAGGGAGGGGUUUUGAUGUGAAUUCCGACACGAGGUUGCUUUAUUGUAAGGGGAUCGCAGGGUCUAGAAUUGUUGAGGUCGAUGAGGAACAAACUAGGGAUCUAUUUUUGUAUGAUGAUUUAGUUUUGUGUGAUGUUUCAAGGGAUAUCAAGAACUCCGUUGAAUCGAUUGGCAGAAGGAGCUCUGGUGUUUGUACUUUCAACGAGAUGGUGGAGUAUUUUAAUCAAAUCGCUAAUAUAUCAGGAGGUUUUCCUCUCGGUAGCUUCAAUUCUGCAUUUAGCUUCACCGGCUCAAAGCACAUUGACGCUGCUGCAGUGAAGGCCCUUUCAGUGGAUGGGUUUUAUAUUCCCCUUGCCAAGGUCGAGCUUAAAAGAUCACUAUUAUUACAAGAAAAUGUUAAGCGGGCUGUUCCAACCAGCUGGGAUCCUCCAUCAUUGGCAACCUUUAUUGAAUAUUUUGGGACACACGUUAUCACCUCUGUAACUAUUGGGGGUAAGGAUAUGAUUUAUGUAAAACAGCACCAGUCAUCACCUUUGUCAACCGUGGAGAUGAAAAAUUAUGUUCAGGAAAUCGGAAAUCAGAGGUUCUCUGACACAGGAAGUCCUUCAUGUCAAACGAAAUUCAAGGAUAAGGGUGCUGAUUCUGGCUUAUUCAACAGCCAAGAAAUAUACCCUCAGCCUACAAAUGCACCGUAUUCUACUGGAAAAGAAGAUGUUACGGUCAUUUUCCGGAGGAGGGGAGGAGAUGAUCUUGAGCAGAGUCACCACCAGUGGGCAAGAACAGUCCGUUCCUCACCAGAUGUGAUUGAGAUGACUUUCAUCCCUAUCACAUCUCUCCUUGAUGGGUUACCUGGGAAGGAGCACCUAACUCGUGCUAUUAGUUUAUAUCUUGAAUUCAAACCUCGGAUUGAAGAACUGAGAUAUUUUCUGGAGUUCCAGGUUCCUCGGGUAUGGGCUCCUGUACAGGACAAGAUUCCUGGUCAACAGAGAAAAGAACCUGUUUGCCCGUCCUUGCAUUUCAGCAUGAUGGGGCAAAAGCUAUUCGUCAGCCAAGAGCAGAUAUCAGUUGGACGUAAGCCUGUAACAGGGAUGCGAUUGUGUCUAGAAGGAAGUAGGAAGAAUCGAUUAAGCAUUCAUCUCCAGCACUUAGCAUCUCUUCCGAAGAUCCUUCGACCAUAUUGGGAUGCUCAUAUGGCAAUCGGUGCUCCUAAAUGGCAGGGCCCUGAGGAGCAAGAUAGCCGAUGGUUUGAGCCAGUGAAAUGGAAGAAUUUUUCUCACGUGAGCACUGCGCCAAUUGAGAACCCUGAAACCUUUAUAGGAGACCUCUCUGGUGUUUCAAUAGUCACUGGAGCUCAGCUUGGAGUUUGGGACUUCGGAUCUAGAAAUGUCCUAUACAUGAAGCUUUUGUAUUCUAGACUACCAGGCUGCACAAUACGAAGAUCUUUGUGGGACCAUUCUCCAAAUGACAAGACAAAAAGGGUGGUUGGUAGUGUAGCAACAGCCAACCCUGGUGGCUCAGGUUCAGGUUCAGGUUCAAGAGAUGGCAAUGCAGGCAACAAGUUGGCCAAGUUUGUUGAUAUGGCUGAGAUGAUCAAAGGACCACAAGAUCCACCAGGUCAUUGGUUAGUUACCGGUGGAAAACUCGGUGUGGAGAAAGGCAAAAUUGUUGUAAGAGUGAAAUAUUCCUUGCUAAAUUAUUAGGUUCAGUUGUGUUUUUCUUAGUGUUGAUGUGUAGUGCCGCAAUAGCUUCUAGAUAGAGAGGGUGUUUUUUUUUGUGUUCAUCGUGCCCUAAUAGUACUGCAGUUUGAUGAACUGAGUUGAAUGAAGGGGAAUGAGUAUGUAGGUUUAUUAUGAAACAUGAGAUGUCUUCCAUUUUGUUGGCAAAUUAUUCCCCAGAAACUUUUAUUUUCUUCUCGAAAUGAUGAAGGGAUUUACUGGUUCCCUCUUA